AUGAAGGACAAGUCCACAUCUGUGCGCCCGGCUGGCUCGCCAAUAGAUGACGAAACACCCGAGGAGACACCGGCAGAAACAUCGCGCCACUCUCUCAGCGUGUCGCUGCACUCUGGUCACAGUGAUGCCGGUGCUCGAGGUCUCGAAGCGCAAGAAAAGGCGGUGGAAAAGCCAGCGGCGACCCCGGCAGAAGCCGAGGAUGCGGACCCAAACCUCGUCACUUGGGACAGCCCCGAUUCUCAGGAGAAUCCGCGCAACUGGUCCAAACGCCACCGCUGGGCGGUCACGACACUGGUUUCCAGCUACACGUUUCUCAGUCCGUUGGCGUCGUCGAUGAUCGCGCCGGCGCUGCCGCUACUGAGCGAGGAGUUCAACGUGCAUUCGAGCGUACGGGAGAGCAUGAUGCUCUCGACGUUCGUCUUGGCUUACAGCUGUGGUCCAUUGCUACUGGCGCCCUUGACCGAGAUGUUUGGACGAAGGGUGGUGCUGCAAACCACGAACCUCAUGUUCAUCGCCUUUAAUCUGGGUUGCGGCGCCAGUCAAAAUGCGGCGCAGCUUACGGUGUUGCGCUUCUUCGCGGGUCUUGGUGGCUCGGCACCCCUGGCUGUGGGAGGCGGCACGAUUGCUGAUCUGUUCGAGCCAGGAGAGCGCGGCAGCGCCAUGGGGAUGUACAGUCUUGCGCCGCUGCUUGGACCGGCGAUUGGGCCGAUUGUAGGUGGGUGGAUCGUGCAGGAACUCGGUCAGUGGCGAUGGAUCUUCUGGGUCUCGUCGAUCUACGGCGGUCUCACGGCUUUUAUCGGGCUAUUCCUGCUGCCGGAGACGUACGCCCCCGAGAUUCUCAAGCGCAAAGCGCGCAAGCUGAGGAAGGAGACGGGCAACCAGCAACUGCACACCAUCUACGAGAAGCAAGAUUCGUCCAAGUGGUAUUUGCGGUUGCGCCACAACUUGGUGCGCCCGUUUGUGCUGCUCACGACGCAGCCUAUCAUCCAGGUGUUUGCAGUGUACAUGGCGAUUCUGUACGGAUGCAUGUACAUCCUGCUCACCGUGUUCCCUCAGGUGUUCGGCACGAUCUACAACGAAGAGCCGGGCAUCGCAUCUCUCAACUACAUCUCCCUGGCGAUCGGAUUCACGAUUGGCGGACAGGUGGGCGGAAGGGUGGUCGACUAUUCGUACCGCACACUCAGCGCACGAGAGGCCGACGGCAAAGGACGACCCGAGUUUAAGCUUCCGCUGCUAAUGGCGACUUCGUGGCUGUUCCCUGCCGGACUGCUGAUCUAUGGUUGGACUGCCGAGUAUGCUGUGCACUGGAUCGCGCCCAACAUUGGCGCAGCAUUGUUCGCCGCGGGAGCGAUGGGCACGUUUCUGGUGUGCCAGGGGUAUCUGGUAGACGUGCUGCCGCUGUAUGCUGCGUCGGUGCUGGCGGCAGCGGUGCUGGUGCGCAGCUUGGGCGGCUUCGGAUUUCCGCUCUUUGCGCCGACCAUGUACGAGCGGCUGGGCCAGGGCUGGGGGAAUACGGUGCUGGCGCUGGUGUCGGCGGUGAUUGGCAUACCGGCGCCCUGGGUGUUGUUCCGCUAUGGACCCUACCUUCGCGCCAAGAGUCGGUACGCGGCGGAAAAUCCUGCGGCGGCUCGGAUGAAGUAG